GAACAAAAUAUUACAAUGGCUUGUGCUGCUGCAAAGCCAACAAAUCAGUCCCAAGUUAGUCAGGUGAAACUAUUUAUAACUUCUUUCAGUGAUGAGUUUUAUUCAGAGAGGGACUUAAUUAGAAAAGAGGUAAUUUCUUUGAUAUUUUAUUGUUAAAUGUAAUUUUUUUUUUUCAUUUUUUCUAUGUCCUAGCCCAGGCCUGCACAACUCAAAAUGUAAGGCAGGCCGUAAUACUUUAUGAAAAACUUGUGCGGGCCAAAAGAAAAUAGGACAGGACUUGUGUGGGCCAAACGAAAAUAGGACAGGGGGGAAAGCUAUUAAGAAAUUAAUAAGAAUAACGAAUAUAUUGUUACUUCGCGGGCCACAAAGUGGGUGCUGGCGGGCCGCAUGUGGCGGGCCAUAUUUUGUGCAGGCCUGUCCUAGUCAAUUCUCUUCUAGAUUGAAAAUUUAGUUAUGCAUGCCAAUUUUUAUAAUUACAAUACAAGUUGUUUUUUAUUAUUUUAAUUUUUUUCAAGAAUUAAAAGUUUGGUAGGAGGCAUUUACUUAAGAUUGCUCUUCAUUAUAGUCUUUACCUGAAAUUAAAACUUCUUAAAGAUUUUGUUUCCUUUUUUCCCUCAGAUAUUACCAGUGCUGCGGCUUUGGUGUGACAGUAGGAAGCUAACUUUAGUUGAAAAUUUUAUAAAAUGGGUUUGUGAGUUUCACCACUUUUAAAAUUAAGUGGAAUCAGUCCCUAGUUUCAUUAACCUCCUUAAAUUAAUUAUAUCAUUUUGCACCCAUUUAAGAGCUUGAUAAGGCUUAUAGUUGUAUAAAUUUAAUUAAUCCAUACCAAUUACUUGUGGCUAACAUGUUCUUAUAGAUGUAAUAAUACAUCUUGCUUGCAUUUGCGUAUUUUAAAUUUUUUAUCCUUGUCCUAUACCUUAGGGUGGGCGCCAUCCGGACCAAAGAAAUGUUGCAGAGCUAGAAAGACUCCAGACCAGUAUAGAGAACAGCUAUUUCUCAAGUAUUAUGCCAAUCUUCAUCAAUAUCACAAGGUAG